AUGGAGGAAAAUUCUUUUCAAGCGACGAAUUUAGAAUUUUCCACAAAUAAUCCAAAUGUAACUAUUAAUCAUAUUACUGAAACAAAUAUUUCUACAACUGAGAUAAGUCCGAAUAAAUCUGAAAUAUCGUCUACGACAAACUCAUCGGAGUUUAUAAUGACGACUCCAGCGAUUCAAACCAAUUCGAUAACAUUGGCUUCAUCGGCGAAUGAUGCUAAAAAUGGCAAUAAUUUUAGAAGCGUUAAUUUAUUAUGUUUACCCUGCAAUUCUUAUGAAGCGUCAAGUAAUACUUAUGAAAUAAUGACAACCUCAACACCGAAUCGUUUCAAUCAAAGGACGCAUAAAUUUGAGCCGAUUUAUCAUGAAGAAGAUGAUGAUUAUAAGCCGAAUUCAAAUUCAACGUAUAUGAAAUCACCGUUAAGCCAUGAUUCUGCAGCGUCGUUAUGCCAAGAGCAAUAUUACCCACAAUACAUUGUUGAAAAUCCUAUGCCAUCCUAUAGUUUUCAAAUGAAUUCCAACUUUGUUGAAGUACAAAGUUUCGAAGGAGGAGGAAUUUAUUCAAAUAAUGGAGCCACAGAUUGUAAUAUCAAUUCAUCUUGGAAUUCUCAUUCAGCUCCAUUAUAUUCUUCUCAGGCUUUUCCAUCGCUACCCGAUGAUUUUCAAGAAGCAACCACUUUGCACCCUUUAUCGUCACAAAAUUUUGCCUCCUUCGAUGGAGCAAAUGAAAUAUCGGACAUAAACAAUGUUCAUCUAACAACUGAUAAUUUAAUCCCAAGUACAGUUCAAGAAUGCGUUCCAACGAAUGCGCUUCCAAGUUUAUCAACGUUUUCUCAACGAAAUGAUGGCAACUGUAUGAAUUAUACGAGGAAUUUUAACAGCAUUGUUUAUACUAAUCAGGAUUUAUCAAAAAAUAUAACGUCGAACGUUCCUCAAUCAUCAGAACAUUUCAUUGCCCCCGAUAGCACGGAUAGUCCAUUUAAGAGAAGAGGGGGCACUCGUGGUAGAGGCACUCGUGAUUUACAAAAGAGUCGCCAACCAAGAGGCACAGCACGAUCGGAACGAAACUCCAUUGUUCAGAGCACCUUAAUUUGUGCUGUUUGUAAGGAUAGUGCAACGGGUAACCAUUACGGUGCAUUAACAUGUGAAGGUUGCAAGAGUUUCUUCCGUCGUUCUCACAACAAAACGGAUCUGCAAUGUAAAUGCAAAAAUGUUGCUCAAGAAAUUACGAGAGCGACACGGAAUAAUUGUCCAGCGUGUAGGCUUGAAAAAUGUAAAGCAGUAGGAAUGAGACCAAGUGAGCAUGAAAAAGGGCGAAGAAAUCGACGGCAAGCAUCUAUGGCAAAUACAAUAAGUCCUAAUUCACGCACUGACAUUCCUCAAAAUAAUAGUGAUUUUCACGUCGUUAUCAAUCCAUAUAAUAUUCAACACGUUAACGAACCUCUUAAUGUUGUUCAUCAAAACUCACAUAAUGAAACUAAUUUUGUUUGGAAUGAAUGA